UCGGGCUGGUAAAUAAACUCCGCGAUGAUUCCCCUCCCUCCCGCCGGCCCCAGGUGCGCGCCGCGCUCCCGCCUGCCCGCUGCCCGCCGGCAGGAAUGACCUGACGGGGAUGUGACCGGCUCCCCCAGCCCACCGCCGCUUACCCCCCCCUCCCUCCAUAUAUAUAUAUAUAUACAUACAUACAUAGAUGAAUAUAUAUAUAUAAAUACAUAGAGAAGUCGUUCUGGGGGGAGGGGCGGGGAGCUCGGAUCAUGGCCCUGGGGCUCCCGGGGCUGCCGCCGCCGCCGCCGCCGAUCCGCAGCUCGCCUCCGGGGCCCGACCAUGGGGCUGAAGGCUCGGCGGGGCGCCGCGGGCGGUAGCGCGGCCGGCGGGGAGGCGGCGGCGGCGGGGCGGCGAGCGGCGAGCGGCGGCGACCCCGAGCAGGGCUCGCUGGCCCUGGGAGCCGGCGGCGACCGCGACGGGACGCUGCUGCUGGAGGGCGGCGGGAAGGAGGAGGGCGGCAAACGGAGCCCGCCGGGGCUGGGGCUGCUGGCGAAGACCCCCCUGAGCCGCCCGGUGAAGCGGAACCACGCCAGGUACCGCCGCAUCCAAACUUUGAUCUACGACGCCCUGGAACGACCCCGCGGCUGGGCGCUGCUCUAUCACGCCUUCGUGUUCCUGAUUGUCUUGGGGUGUUUGAUCUUAGCUGUCCUGACAACUUUCAAGGAGUAUGAAACUGUUUCGGGAGACUGGCUCCUCUUGCUGGAAACUUUUGCCAUUUUCAUCUUUGGAGCAGAGUUUGCCUUAAGAAUCUGGGCUGCUGGCUGUUGCUGUCGCUACAAAGGAUGGAGGGGGAGACUCAAAUUUGCCAGGAAGCCUUUGUGCAUGCUGGAUAUCUUUGUGCUGAUCGCUUCAGUGCCAGUGGUUGCUGUUGGGAACCAGGGCAAUGUUCUGGCCACGUCUCUCAGAAGCCUCCGCUUCCUUCAGAUCCUACGGAUGCUCCGAAUGGACAGGCGGGGCGGCACCUGGAAACUUUUAGGAUCAGCUAUUUGUGCACAUAGCAAAGAGCUCAUCACUGCUUGGUACAUUGGGUUCCUGACGCUCAUCUUAUCCUCGUUUCUUGUUUAUCUGGUUGAAAAAGAUGUUCCUGAAAAAGAUGCUAAUGGAGUGGAGAUGAAAGAAGAGUUUGAAACCUAUGCAGAUGCACUGUGGUGGGGGCUGAUCACCCUGGCUACGAUUGGGUACGGCGACAAGACCCCCAAAACGUGGGAGGGGCGGCUGAUUGCAGCUACCUUCUCUCUCAUUGGAGUGUCUUUCUUUGCUCUUCCUGCAGGCAUUUUGGGCUCAGGCCUGGCACUGAAGGUCCAGGAGCAACAUCGUCAGAAACAUUUUGAGAAAAGAAGAAAGCCAGCAGCUGAGCUCAUUCAGGCUGCCUGGAGAUACUAUGCUACUAACCCCAACAGGAUUGAUUUAGUUGCUACCUGGAGGUUUUAUGAAUCAAUUGUAUCAUUUCCAUUUUUCAGGAAAGAGCAAUUGGAUGGUACUGCCAGUAAUGUCAUGUUUAGUAGGGAGUCAUUCUUUGGAUCAAGCCUCACAAGAAAACUUAGCCAAAAGCUGGGUCUCUUGGAUCGGGUUCGUGGUACCAAUACUAAAGGAAAGCUAUUUACCCCUCUGAAUGUAGAUGCCAUUGAAGAAAGUCCUUCAAAAGAGCCUAAGAAUGUUGUCUUGAAUAAUAAGGAGCGUUUUCGCACUGCAUUCCGAAUGAAAGCGUACGCUUUUUGGCAAAGCUCAGAAGAUGCAGGAACAGGGGAACCCAUGGCAGAAGACAGAGGCGACAGUAAUGAUUUUCUUAUGGAAGAUAUGAUCCCCACAUUCAAGACAGCCAUCCGAGCUGUCAGAAUAUUACAGUUUCGUCUCUAUAAAAAAAAAUUCAAGGAGACUUUGAGGCCUUAUGAUGUAAAGGAUGUGAUAGAGCAAUACUCAGCAGGGCAUCUCGAUAUGCUUUCCAGAAUAAAAUACCUUCAGGCAAGAGUAGAUAUGAUUUUUACACCUGGACCUCCAUCUACUCCCAAGCAUAAGAAAUCCCAAAAGGGAGGAGCUUUCUCUUACCCUUCACAACAGUCUCCCAGAAAUGAUCCGUAUGUAGCCAAAGCAUCUACAGCAGAUACUGAAGACCAAAGUAUGAUGGGCAAAUUUGUUAAAGUUGAACGACAGGUAAAUGACAUGGGGAAGAAACUGGAUUUUCUUGUUGAUAUGCAUAUGCAUCAUAUGGAACAGCUGCAAAUACAAGUCGCUGAGAUAAGUCCACUGAGAGAAACCGCUUCUCCUGCGAGGGAGAAGAGAGAAGAAAACAAAUAUUCUGAAUUAAAAACAAUAAUAUAUAAAUACACUGAGCAGUGUGCUCGUGAAACUCCUUACAACUUCCAGCAGGUUCCAGUCAACAAAGUCAGUCCUUAUGGUUUCUCAGCACGAGGUCAUAUGACUCAUUCACAACCUUUAUCAGCAGGUGGGCAAAACUCUGGCAAACUGCAAGCCACACCUUCCUCAACUUCGUAUGCAGAAAGGCCAACAGUUCUGCCGAUAUUCACGCUGAUGGACUCCCAGGUCAGCUACCACUCCCACGGAGACCUGCAAAGCCCUUACUCAGACAAGGUGUCUCCAAGGCACAGAAGGAGCCUAACAAGAGACAGUGACACUCCAUUGUCCCUUCUCUCAGUCAACCACGAGGAACUCGAGCGCUCCCCAAGUGGCUUCAGCAUCUCCCAGGAGAGAGACGACUUCCCGUUUGGCCCCAGCGGGGGAGCGGCGUGGAUGAGGGAGAAACGCUACCUGGCAGAGGGGGAGACAGACACAGACACAGACCCCUUCACACCAAGUGGCUCCAUGCCUUUGUCUUCUACAGGAGAUGGGAUUUCAGAUUCAAUAUGGACCCCUUCGAACAAGCCAGUUUAAAAGCGCGUGUGGGGGCAGUCACUGGUUGGCUUCUCCAUGUAAUGUAAGCAUACUUUGUAUAUCUCACUUACUCUACACCCAAAGCUUACUAGUUCAAAACACCAAUGGCUGCAUAAGAUGCAUGUGAUAUUAGUGGUAGUCAUUCUGCACCAUUUCAUACGAUUUGAUAAUGCAGUUUUUUUCAUGCUACCAAAACUAAGGAGCUUAGUUUUGAGCAUGGUUUGCAUGACUUUGCCCUAUAUAAAUGGUACAGCUGAUUUCUUCUAUGAUACAUAUCUAUCUGAUACUCUUCCAUACAACAAUGGUGAAUUGAUAACAGGCAAGUUAUGAUGGUCCUUGCUACAUUUUGUAAACAGAGCAGCAAAGUAAAAAUAUUUUCAGGAGCAAUA